AUGGAGUGGUUAGGACAGGCAAAGAUCGAGUUCACCCAUGCUCCGUCGCCCAUGGCCAUCAAGGAAAAAGAUGGGACCAAGACGGAUCUCUUACAGAUCUGCGAGAAAAACACUCCGCCUUGCACUCUCAAUCCCUGGCUGUUCAACGGGCACCUUCAGACUCUUUGGACGGCCACCAAGCCUCAUGGGCCCAAGAUAUUCUACCGCCGCAGAAUCUUCGAGGCGGAAGAGAAGGCUUUCCGAGGCAGCUUUGCUGUCGACUUUGUCGUCGAGCCACACGAGGAGCAUGACAAAUCCCUGCCGUGGAGGACAGUCCAUUACACCGACGAGGAGCUGAAGACCAUGGGCUCAGACGAUAGCAAGCCCAUGCUUGUUGUCCUCCAUGGCCUGUGUGGCGGCUCCCACGAAGUCUACCUUCGAUCAGCCAUCGCACCCCUGCUUGGCGAAGGCGGCUGGGAAGCCUGCGUUAUAAACUCGCGGGGAUGCGCCAAGAGCAAGCUCACGAGCGGUAUCCUGUACAAUGCCCGUACCACUUGGGAUGUGCGACAGACGGUGAAAUGGCUGCGCAAGACCUAUCCGAAUCGGCCGUUAUUCGCCAUUGGCUUCUCCCUUGGCGCCAACAUACUCACCAACUACUGCGGCGAAGAGGGCCCCAACUGCUUGUUGAAGGGAGCCGUCAUCUGCUCGAACCCCUUCAACUUGGAAAUAUCCAGCAAGUUUCUGCAGGGCAGUUUACUCGGCAAGGAGGUUUAUCUCCGCUCAAUGGGGUCCACAAUGAAGGAGCUUGCAGUCACGAACAGAAAAGAGCUUGAAAUGUAUAGCGAUCUCGACAUGGCAGCCAUUGACAAGGUCACAUACCUGUUCGAAUUUGAUCGCGCGGUCCAGUGCCCGACCUGGGGUUACCCAACCGAGGACGCCUACUACCGUGAUUCCUCGUCAGCAGAUUCCGUCCUGUCGAUCAGGAUACCUUUCAUGGCUCUCCAUGCAACCGAUGAUCCGAUUGCCAUCCGCCAGGCGAUUCCUUACCAGGAAUUUCGAGAGAACCCGAGCACGGUUCUGGUCACGAGCUCGCUCGGAGGCCACCUCUGCUGGUUCGAAUCCGGCGGUGGUCGCUGGUACCCUCGCCCGGUGUGCAACUUCCUCAACCACAUGGCGUUUAAUGUCGACCUGGACAGCGUCAAGCCACUGGAGGACCCUCAAUCAAUGGUGAAGCCGCUGCGGAACCUCAAGUACGAUCCCAUGCGUCGCAAGUUGGCCGUUGCCCAGAAUUAG